AAGGACAAGUGUAUAAGGAACAAAUACACCAUACUAUUUUCUCCAAAAAUCUUAACAUUAAUACGGAGGACCUUUAAGGUGUGGACAUCAUUAAACAAAAUUAUUAUAAAACUGAAUGGAACUUACAUCUACUGCUUAUAUUGGACAAUGAUUAAGUACCGUGGUGAAUGACGGAAUAAUAUGCUGAUUGUAUACAACAUAUACCGUGCAGACGAUUUAUUUAAAUAAACCCAACGAUCACAAAGACCGCAAAGAAACAAUGCUGAGAGCAUACAAAACAGUGUCAAAUAAGAAGCGAUCUGUAAGAAGUACACUCUCGGCAAUACUGCUCACGUGCAGCGUCUUGAUCAAUAUCUACCUACUUGUAUUAGUACCUGUUAAAACAGUGAAAAUUCGAAAUAUUGUCACACUCAAGGAUAAAGACUUGGACUAUCUAAAGAACAACCAAGGAGAACAUGUAAAUCAAAUAGAUUUAGAUCUAGAAAUUAAUGAGGUUAAGGAGAUAUAUAACGCUGCUGAUUCGAAAGAACAAAAUUAUGUAGUUGCACCUGAACGGAAAGAAAAUAAAGAUAAAAAUGUUCCAAAGGCGAAAGCAGUUGUGCAUGAUAAGAAGAACAGUGUAGACAAAAUAAAAGGGGGACUAGAAAUAUGUUCUGAAUAUUCACAAUGGACGAACUAUUUAGUUGUUCCAGAUAAACCAACAGAUCUUAAAAAUUGGAAUUUUAAAACAAAGGCAGCGUGUCCUAAAUUCUCAGUUGACAUUUAUCCAACACAAAGACAUAAAGUUUCUUUACGUUGUAAUGGCCCAUAUUCAAAAUUUGUGACGUCUGUGACAACGUCAACACGUGAUAUUACAUCAGUGGAAUUCGGCAAUAUAUGUUUGUCGGAAGCCAUAGAUAAUUGCUGUCUCGGGAAAAAAGCCGUACCAAAUGUCGUACAUUUUAUUUGGUAUGCGGACAAAGAAUUAGGUUAUUUUCAAUUCAUUAGUUUUAUGAGUGCGUUACGGUUCUUAAAACCGUGCUUAUUUCUCAUUCACGGCCUUUAUAUUCCUAAAGGAAAAUACUGGGACUAUUUUGUUAGCAUUUCUCCGAAUGUAAUACAUGUUGUUAGAGAGAAACCUACAAUGGUGUUUGGUAAAAAGCUAGCUUACGAGGAACAUGCCUCUGACAUCAUGAGGAUUGAGGCAUUAAAAUUUUAUGGUGGAAUUUACCUUGAUUUUGAUGAAAUUGUGCUGCGGCCUCUGGAACCUUUAAGAAAAUAUGAUUACACACAAGGUCACGAGCGUGACGUCACAAUGGGAUCCCAACUAGUCAUCUCUAAAAAGAACGCUACAUUUUUAAAUCACUGGUAUAACAGUUAUCGGGACGAUUACCGGAAAUCAUGGGCAUGGAAUGCAUUAUGGGUACCAGACAAAUUGUCUAAACAAUAUCCAAAUUUGAUUCACGUCGAAGGAUACAAUUUUACGCGCCCAAAUUGGCAGCAAGUGAAUCUUAUUUUUAACCAGAAUUAUGAUUGGUCAACUAACUAUGGUAUGCAUUUGUAUAUACGAUGGUAUAAAAAUGAGACGAACAAUGUAAUAAUUCGGACUCUUAAUACGACUAUAGGCGCAGUGUGUCGUCACGUGCUGUUUGGAAAUAAGGAAUUGUGUGUUAAGUAGAUGGUGCAUUAGUCAUUUAUAAACUGAAAAAGGUAACGAAUCUGAUAUAAAGCAAAUAAGAAACAAUUAUAAAAAAUGAGUCAUUUAAGACUUGCUGGUCGUAUUGGUUUAAACUCUGAGACUUAGUUUUAGUUGCUUAGUUUUGGUUUAGUGCAAGAAUGGGUGUGUGCCUU